UUUUUAAAAAAAACUAUUCCCCUUCUACGUAAAAUUGACCAGUAAUCUAAUAUGGAAGAAUUUAAGCUCAGUGAUGAUGUAAUUGAACAAAUAAAAGAUUUUGAUUAUUGGGAUUUAACAAAUGAACAAAAAUUGUUAGUUGAUAAGUUAAUAUUAAAUGAAGAAUUAAAAAAACGUUUUAAAGGUUAUGGUUUGUGCAAAGAAUGUAAACAGCCUAAUACUGGUGGUGAUUGGUGUAAGUCAUGUAACGUUACGCAUUUUCAACAAAAUUUCCAAAAUUGGUCUAGUAAAAAUAAUGAAGUCGAUAAGUUUAUUCAAAAAAAACAACUCAAAGCUAAACGUUAUGAAGAAAUUUUAGAGUGGAUUGAAUAUGAUAGAUUUGAAAAUGUUGAAUAUUUGGCUGAAGGAGGAUUUGGAACUAUUCAUAAAGCAAUUUGGAAAGAUGGAUAUAUAGUAAAAUGGAAUUCUGAAAAUAAUCAAUGGAAGAGAGAAGAAAAUUGGUUACAACAUAAAAAUUUUCCAGUUGUUUUAAAAUGUUUACAUAAUUCUGUUACAUCCAAAUUUUUAAGAGAAAUUGAAUCUCAUACUAUGGUUAUUUCAAGUUGGGUAACUCGGUGUUUUGGCAUUACUAAAGGUCCAGAUUCUAAUAAAUUCAUGAUGGUAAUAGAAUAUGCAAAAGAAGGUAGUUUAAGACAAUAUUUAAAUAAUAUAUUUAAUUUGAUAAAUUGGGAAGAAAAGUUGGAAAUUUUACAAAAGAUUGCAGGUGGCCUCGAUUCUAUUCAUGAAAAAGGAUUAAUUCAUCGUGAUUUUCAUAGUGGUAAUAUGUUAAAAGGUGAUGGAUAUACUAUUAUUACUGAUUUAGGAUUAUGCCAACCAGCAAAUGUAAAACCUGAAUAUGAAAAACAAGUACUAUAUGGAGUAUUACCUUAUGUUGCGCCUGAGGUUUUAAGAGGAAAAGAGUAUACUCAAGAAAGUGAUAUCUAUGCAUUUGGAAUUAUUGCAUAUGAAGUCUGUACAGGGCUUCCUCCUUUUUAUGAUUUUGCUCAUGAUAAAUUCUUAGCUAUUAGCAUUUGUGAAGGGCAUAGGCCAAAAGCUAAUUAUAAAAUUCCUCAACUAAUUUUGGACAUAAUUAAACAAUGUUGGGAUGCUGAUCCUUUGAAACGACCUAAAGCAUGUGAAUUAUAUAAAUCAUUAUAUAAAUUAUAUUAUUCAAGUGAUCAAGAAAUCCAUGAGCAAAUUAAAGAAGCAGAAAGAAUUAAUGAAAAGUUUACUUCUACUUCAUUACCAUAUAAUGGUACUACUCUUUCAUAUACUACAAAUCCUCAAGCAAUUUACACAAGUAGACUUUUAAGCUUUGAAAAUUUACCAGAACCUAAAAAUGACUAUUCAGUAUCCAUAGAACCAAUAGAUUUCACUAAACUCAAUCUAGGUACUAAUUUACAUUAAAUAAAGACAACUAAGGAAGAAGAUUUACAAAUAUUCAGAAUAUAAAUUUCUUUAUUUGUGUCUAUUAUUUUAUUAUUUAUUUCUUUAUGAUUUUUACAGCGUGUGUAUUUUAUUGG